AUGGGUUUGGACCGGGUUCUGCAAAAUGAUAAAGUACGAGCAAUUUCGUGGUCGGAGUCCCGACCGGAUUUGUUGGCAAUUCAGUACUACCAGCAUCCAACGGAAUUUCGAUCGAUUGAAGGAGGAGCAGAGAACACAAGUGUCGCCCACCUGGACGUUACGAUUGUGCCCGCAUGGGUAAGUGCAGCACCCGUAGGAUCGUCAUUCGCUAAGGGAGGACGUAUGGCAACGCACUAUCGUGAAUGGGACGAUGCGAAGCAAAUGUGGCAUUAUAGUGUUGAAGUGAAGAAGGAGCCUGAUACUCCUGGGCCAAACCUGUCAGCGAAUGACAGGUCAGGACUUGGAAAAAAAUGGAAAUGGGCAAGUUUACUGUCGCUGUCGACCAACUUCAUUCUUGGACAGGAGCUUCAAGGCUGCUUGGCGGGAGUUCAACAGAUUUGA